AUGGAUAGCGGUGUACAGGAGUUGAUUACUUUCACGCGCAAGGCAGCGAACGUAUGCUCGUAUUGCCGAAUCAGGAAGCAGAAAUGUGACAGGACUUUACCAAGAUGUAACAGAUGUGCCGGCUCGAACCGAAAUUGCGAUUACACUCCUCAUAAGGCUCCCCAACGGGUGUGCGAUGAGUCAGAUCCUCUGGUGUCUUGUCACGAAUCGUGUUCGCAGACCGAUUCAUCGUCUCGCGGGAUGAUUAAGCUCCUGCAAAGGAUUUCAGCAUGUACCAAUCCAUUUGCACCUUCAGAAUUGGAUACGAUAAGGCUCUGGAACACUGUCCAAGGGAUCUUGGAUCUCGCUGGAUUUGACUUAUCACUCGCUUUGAAGGAGUUUGGAAUGUGUAUACACCAAUGGUGUCCAGUUCUCGACGAGAACAUGUUGGAGAAUGGCGAGAACGAUCUAUCCGAGCAGGCGGAGAGACAGCCACUCUUCGCAUUAUGUAUGUGGCUUCUAAUGCAAAGGCCAUGUAUACAUCAGAAAAGUAUGAGCACAACAGAACUCUACCGCACGAUGAAGCACAUACACGUGAUCCUUCAAAUGGACAUUGAGAUGAGGGUGGAAGCUAUCCAGGUCGGCAUGCUGAUCGCAGCUUAUGAGGUGAGCCACGGUCUACGAACACAGGCUCACUUCACAGUGUCAAGUUGUGCCAUUAUGCUGCAAAUCUUAGAUUGCGAAACGUCUCCAGUCCACAUUGGCAAGCAAUCACGUAUGCUGAAACAGCUCAAGUCAAGUCUCCUCAGACUUGAUCGAGUGAAUCACCUUAUGGCAUGUCCGCACUAUCUACAGUUGGUAAUAUCGCCCGAACAUCCCAUCCCAACCUCCCUCGCCAAAGGACUGGGUCCCAUGCCACCCACUGUACGGAGUAGCCCCCGAACAAUCUUCUUCCGUACUCUUGUUUCUAUUGCAUCAGGUCGUGUGUCGGCGUACAUUCACGCACGUAGCCAUGACCUCUCGCCUGACGAGCCUUAUGAAUCCGUGAAUAAGGCAAUUCAUGACAUUAUUAGCAUGCUGGACGGAGGGCCGCCACCAAACACAUGGUUGCAUUGCGCUUCAUACCCCACGCUGGUCUGUUCUCAUAUCCUGCUUCAAGUCACCGAACACCAAUUCUAUAUAACUCAAAACAUAUCGGGUCCCAGUCUUCCCUUCAUCGCUGCAGCACUUCACGCGUCACGUAUCAUGGCUUGGAAAAUGCUUUGUGUAGCCAUAGAUGCUAUUCAAGUGGAGAGCGAUAUCCUGCAAGUUCCUUUUGCGGCACUUUGUGCGGUCCUUAGAGGCGCGAUCGUGGUGUUGGAGACAAGGAAUGGCGGUGAAGACAUUGUAGCAGAGAAAGAUUUGAAAGGGCUUUGGAGGCUCAUGACGUGGUUUGCCGGGAGGUGGGAUAUUGGAAAGGAGUAUUUGAUAAGAGUGGAACAGUUGACUCGAUGA